AUGCCAGCAGCUCGAGAUAUCUUCGCUGCCACCGCUGAAGCUGCUCAAGAAGCCAUCCGCCUCUACAAACAGCACUAUAGCGGACAGAUUCUCGACACACGCAGCGUCCUCCUCGACAUCCUCCGCGACAACUUCCCAACCUACCAUGUCACGGAGGUCGACCAAUCCACUGCCUCCCUCCUCGAGUUCGCAUCUGCUGGCAAAGCAACCGCGAACUUGGACUCCUCCUCCGAAAACUUCGCCGCGGCUCGCCAAUGGAAACCCGUCGGCGAGCGCGUGGAGAAGAAAUUGCAUCCAGGAAAACUGACUGACGACUUCCGCUUCGCGAGGUUCCAAUACAUAUGGGAAGGCAAAGAGUACCUCGUGUAUCACGGGGCGUGGAAGGAACUCUACCUGGGUUCCGAGCAUGUGUUCUACAUCCUGUACCCGCGUUCCAGCGAGGCAGAGAAUGUCCAAGAUGGACACUGCAAGGAGAGUGACGACUUGAUCCUGGCUUGCGGAAAAUGGACGAGCCAGUUGCACAACGAGAUCUGGGUGUUUGACGACGGACGCUGGGUCAAGAGCAAAGAGCUCUGGAACUCGGUCCACGGCAGCUCGUGGGAGGACGUCAUUCUCGACCCGGAGAUGAAGAAGAACAUCAUCGACGACGUCCAGGGCUUCUUCAACAACCAGCAACUCUACCGCCAAUUCGCUGUCCCCUGGCGCCGAGGCCUGAUCCUCCACGGCGUGCCCGGCAACGGCAAAACCGUCUCCAUCAAAGCGCUCAUGAGCUCCCUCUACGACCGCCCGGACAGCAUCCCCGCCCUGUACAUCAAGUCGCUCAGCAGUAAAUGCAACACGGAGCAAUUCGCCAUCCGCCGCAUCUUUUCGCGCGCCCGGGCCUCCGCACCCUGCCUCCUCAUCUUCGAGGACCUCGACUCCCUCGUCACGGACAGCAUCCGCUCGUACUUCCUCAACGAGGUCGACGGCCUGGAAUCCAACGACGGCAUCCUGAUGAUCGGAUCCACCAACCACCUCGACCGCCUCGACCCGGCCAUCGCGAAGCGGCCCUCCCGCUUCGACCGCAAGUACCACUUCAAGCUGCCCGGCGAGCCCGAGCGCAGCCUCUACGCCGAGUACUGGCGGCAGAAGCUGCUCAAGAACGGCACGGUCGAGUUCCCCGCCGACCUGUGCGGCGUCAUCGCGAAGAUGACUGAGGGCUUCAGCUUCGCGUACAUGAAGGAGCUGUUCGUCAUGGCGCUGCUGAGCCUUGCGCGGGGCUACAAGGCUGAGGACUUCGCUGUCGAGGGUGGCGACGCCGUGGAUGCCGCCGAGGCUGUCCGCGCGGCAGAGGAGAAGACGCCAGCGGAGCCGGAGACGGCCCAGAAGAACGAGGAGGCCAUAGAGACGUGCUGUUGCAACGAGAAGUGCAACAAGUGCGGAAAGCCUGUCGGUUCAGCGGAAGACAAAGCCACCGCAACACCUGCGAAGAAGGAGAAGCUCAAGAAUCCGAAAAUUAACAUCGAUGAUGUAGAGGUCCCUGCUCAUCUGCAGGAUAACGUCCUGUUGAAGGUGCUCGAGCAUCACAUCCGCGUCUUGCACACCGAGAUGGACAACACGGAGCAGGAUUCGUGGCCUAGUGGCAAGGCUAAGGUUGCGGGU